UUGGCACGUGGUGUCAACUCCCAUGCGCUAAAACAAAAGUGUUUUGUUUUACACAGAGAUAGCCGUUUUAGGGUUUUUGAUCAGGUGAUAAGGGUUUUGGCUGUGUUCGAUCGGAUGGCGAAGAAGAGGAGCAGGCAACUGAAUCCGCAGCCAUUCCUCGCAGACGACGAUGCCUCCGUGGCAUCGAAGAAGCGGUCGAAAGCGCCCAAGCAGCACCAGGCGGAGGAGAAGCUGAUAUCGUCGGGCAUGAGCUCCAAGAUACUGAAAGAAGCCUUGACUCAACAGAGAGAGAUUCAAGACGAGGCGGAGGGGCGAGACCCUAACGACAGCAACUCAUUGGUUUUCGCUCAAGGAUUCACUGAGGCCGAGGAAGUACAAGAUGACAUCGAUGAGUUUACUGGGUUCUCUGAAACUCAGAGCCAAUUUGGCGCCUAUGAUGAGAUUGAUGAAGAGGAUGAGAGAGUAUUGGAGGCAUUCUUAAGAAAGGAUGCGGGUCCCCAGUGUACUCUUGCCGAUAUCAUUGUUGAAAAAAUUAAACAGAAAGAUGCAAAGGCUGCUUCAGAAAUGCGACCGUUGCCUAAAUUGGAUAGCUCCAUCAUCGAUUUAUACAAGGGAGUUGGCAAGCUUCUUCGUAGUUACACAGCAGGCAAAAUACCCAAAGCAUUCAAACACAUCCCUUCAAUGCAACUUUGGGAGGACGUCCUAUAUCUGACUGAGCCUGAGAACUGGUCACCAAAUGCUCUGUAUCAAUCCACAAGAAUUUUUGCUUCUAAUUUGGGUGCAAAGAAGGCAGAACGCUUCUACAGACUAGUUUUACUCCCACGGGUGAGAGAAGAUAUUCGGAAGAAUCAGCGGCUUCAUUUUGCUUUAUAUCAAGCAUUGAAGAAGUCACUCUACAAACCUGCCGCAUUCUUCAAAGGAAUAUUGUUCCCUCUAUGUGAGUCAAGGACUUGCAAUCUUAGGGAAGCUGUCAUCAUUGGGAGCAUUAUACAGAAGGUCUCCAUUCCUCCACUUCAUUCAAGGUGA